AAGACAAAGAGUUAAUAAUUAUAAUGCAUGUCGAAUGUGCUGAUAUGGAUAUAGGUGCAUGAUCCUAUGAAAUUUGCCGACUUCCGCUGCUUUUGUCGGAAACAUGGCGGCGCACAGCAGUUUGACGGCUCUGUUUCCCAUUCAGAGCCAGUUAGACUACGACCUGGAAGACGCAGUUACACAAGAAAAGAAGGAGAAUCUGGUAUAUCAGUAUUUACGAAAGUUGGACGAAAAUGAAGAUUUGAAGAUUCCUGAUUUUGAAAAAGGGCUGGAGUGGCUAAACACUGAGGGACCUCUGUCUCUGGAAAGGGAAUUAUCAGGCAAAGUGGUGGUGCUGGACUUCUUCACCUACUGUUGCAUCAACUGCAUGCACAUACUGCCUGAUCUGCACCAACUGGAGCAGCUUCACACUGUUAAAGAUGGCCUGGUUGUGGUAGGUGUUCACUCUGCUAAGUUUCCCAACGAGAAGGUUUCGCAGAACAUCUGCAGUGCUGUGUUGAGGUACGGCAUCACUCACCCAGUAGUGAACGACAGUGAUGCUCGGCUGUGGAACGAGUUGGAAGUGUCUUGCUGGCCCACCCUGGUGAUUCUGGGGCCCAGGGGAAAUCUACUGUUCUCUCUGGUGGGUGAAGGACAUCGAGAACGCCUCUUCCUGUUCACUGCUGGUGCUCUCAAGCACUAUGGACAGCAGGGUUUGCUCAAAGACCAUGCUGUGGAAAAAAAGCUCUUGAAGGAUUCCUUACCACCUUCCAUCCUGUCAUUUCCAGGAAAAGUGGCAGUGGAUCCCAAAAGCAAGAACCUGGCCAUUGCAGAUACAGGACACCACAGGGUUCUGGUGGUGACCAGUACUGGAAAUGUCCUAUACUGUGUAGGGGGGCCUGAAAGUGGAAAGCAGGAUGGGGACCUGUCUAAGGCGAGGUUUAAUUCUCCUCAAGGAAUAUUCAUGAAGGGAGAUACUGUGUACGUGGCUGACACUGAGAAUCACCUCAUCAGGAAGAUUGACCUUUCCGAAAGAAGAGUUACAACUUUAGCUGGCACCGGCAUUCAAGGCACAGACAAAGUGGGUGGAGCAAUGGGACUCCAGCAGCCAAUCAGCUCCCCCUGGGACAUAGUCCUCGGCACAGCAGGUGGCACAAAGGAUAACGUGUUGUGGAUUGCAAUGGCAGGGACACAUCAAAUCUGGGCUCUGUUCCUAGAAGAUGGGAAGCUGCCCAAAGGAAGUGAGUAUAAAAAGGGCGAGUGUGUGCGCUUUGCCGGCAGUGGGAAUGAGGAGAACAGGAAUAACGCGUACCCUGUUAGAGCUGGCCUGGCUCAGCCGUCGGGUCUGACCUCUGCUACUGAAGAGCCAUGGAGUUGCCUGUUCAUCGCCGACAGUGAGAGCAGCACCAUCCGUAGCCUUUCUCUGAGCGACGGAGCUGUCAAGCAUGUAGUCGGAGGGGAGAGGGACCCCCUGAAUCUAUUUGCCUUUGGAGAUGUGGAUGGAAAGGGGGUGGAUGCUAAGCUCCAGCACCCUUUAGGAGUGGCCUGGGAUGCCAGUAAGAGCCUGCUCUAUGUGGCAGACUCCUACAAUCACAAGAUCAAAGUUGUGGACCCUAAAACUAAGCAGUGCAGGGUGCUGGCAGGCACUGGGGAACCAAGCAACGUAUUUGGCCCGAGCUUUGCAGAGACUGGUUUCAAUGAGCCUGGGGGUCUCUGUGUGGCCGAGGGGGACACGCUGCUCUACAUAGCAGACACGAACAACCAUCACAUCAAAGUGAUGGACUUGGAGACCAAAACAGUGUCCAUGUUCCCCAUUUCAGUGGUAGAAGUUGAUUCUUCCUUUGCACCCGCUGCUUCAACUGCAGCAAUUGUAAAGGUUCCAAAGCUCCCGAAGUCAGCUCCAGUGCUCAACAUGCCUAUGCUGCCUGUGUCAGCAGGGCAGGUCAUCGAUAUCCACCUCAGCCUGACUCUGCCUGCUGGAACCAAACUGACCAAAGAUGCGCCCAGCUUCUGGAGUCUCUCUGCUGAAGGUAAUGAAUGGUUACUGCAAGGACAUUCUGUGACUGGAAGCAUUGCUGAUCUCUCCCAGCCUCUCUUCAUCACCUGCACGAUCCCUCCUCAUCUGCAGACCCAUGACCCCACUCUGACCCUCAAUGCCUGGGUCUACUGUUGCCUCUCAGAGGGAGGAGCCUGCAUGAUGAAGGCUGUGUCGUUCAGACAGCCUCUGCACAUUGAUUCCACUCGCAAAGAAGGCACUGUACCUGUGACUUUAGCACAUGUCUUUUGAAACAUGCUUUCGCUUCUUUAGACUUUCUAUGAUUUGUGCACAUUCAGUGUUUACUGGCACCACUUGUAGCAAACAAAUACUGUUACACAAGUAUGCAAAUGCUUACAUAAAAAGGUACAUAUUUACACGCGUAUACUAGAAUGAAUUGACAAUGUGGGUGCUUGUCUACUUGAAGCUUAUGACUAGAAUAACAGUUGCAUAUAUUAGAUAAUUAGCAGCUCCAGAACAAAGUGCCUUUCUUUCUCAGAAGCGCAUAUUACCUAACUGCAUCGUUCCUGCUUGGCUCAAGGCUGUGUGUAGUCAGGCACUCGGGUCUGUUUUUCUCCACAUAUCUGAUGUAGCUUAUCUUUCAGCAGAAAAGCAGCUUCUACCCGCAUUAUUUUUCAGAAAGUGAUCACAUAUCUAAAACACAAAUCUGAAAAGAUCAACUCUCAAUGGUAUAAUUUUGCAAGUUUAUUUUAUAUAAAAUGUUUAAUCUAAUGUACUGAUUACAUAAAAAGCCAGUACAUGCUGCCUUUUUUUUGUUGUUUUUUUUUUUUAUCAUCAGUGUGUGUUUUGAGGCUAUAUUUUGAACUCUCAACAUUAUUAGUCAUUUUCAUUUGUGAUUAGAACUAUUUAAACCGUCUUAAACUUGACAUUAAGCUGCCCAUAUAUAUAUAACAUGUAUUUCAAUUUGUGUAGCUUUUCAGAAGGAGAAACACAAAAAUAAAUGGCAUUACGUUUCACACGCUUGUUGAUGGUUCACAGUUAAGCCCAUGGCUCAUGUUUUUAAAGUGCUUAAAUGACCUUUAAUCCAGAUUGAAGCUUGGCACCCUCAUGGCAGUGGUAAACACAGGAGCAGGUAUGUCUAACUGGACCUUUGCAUCGCUCAAAUUUAGUGUAUUUUCUCAUUCUCGUCCAAAGGCAGCUGUUUUUCUACACAUCUAAAUUCUGUACUUUGACUCACUGAAAGAAGUAAUAUAAUAAACAUUAUUUUAACAAUG